AUGAUCAAUGACAACAAGUCUAGAUUCUCUAUCAAGGGACAGCCCAUUCACCAUUUCGUCGGCACCUCCACAUUCAGCGAGUACACUGUGAUACAUGCUGGAUGUGUAGCAAAGAUCAACCCAAAUGCACCACUAGACAAAGUUUGCAUUCUCAGCCGUGGAAUAUGCACAGGUCUUGGUGCUACUGUGAAUGUUGCAAAACCAAAACCUGGCUCUUCUAUUGCUAUCUUUGGACUUGGAGUUGUUGGCCUUGCUGAAUGUUGCUCUUGUACCUUUGCUGCUGAAGGUGCAAGGAUUUCUGGUGCAUCAAGAAUCAUUGGAGUUGAUUUAAUUUCCAACCGAUUUGAAUUAGCUAAGAAGUUUGGGGUAACCGAAUUCAUAAACCCAAAAGAUCACGACAAGCCUGUGCGACAAGUAAUUGUUGAAAUGACAAAUGGAGGUGUAGAUCGAGCUAUUGAAUGUACUGGUAGCAUCCUGGCUAUGAUCUCAGCAUUUGAAUGUGUUCAUGAUGGUUGGGGUGUUGCUGUACUUGUUGGAGUUCCAAACAAAGAUGAUGCCUUCAAAACUAGUCCUUUUAAUUUCUUGGAUGAGAGAACUCUUAAGGGAACCUCUUAUGGAAACUACAAACCCCGCGCCGAUCUUCCUAAAAUUGUAGAGAAGUACAUGAAAGGGGAGCUGGAACUGGAGAAAUUCAUUACUCACAGAAUACCAUUUUCAGAGAUUAACAAAGCUUUUGAUUACAUGCUCAAAGGAGAGUCUAUCAGAUGUAUCAUCAAAAUGGAGGAAUAA